AUGGACUUUACCUAUGUUGAAUUUCCAUCGACGGUAAAUUUCAACACCUUUAAAGCGUAUUAUGAGCUCCACAAAUGCAAACUACCCAACAUUCAUGGCAGAGCAUUAAAUCAGACGGAAGGCUUGGAAACAAAUACAAAUCAAAUAAAAACACUAAGACAUUUAGUAUUGGAUACAAUACUCGACAAUUGGAGUUACAAUCCCAUAUUUAAAGAAAUAGAACAUCAAGAGGAUCGUAACUAUAUUUUAAGUAACUUGAAUGUAAAUCUUCCUCUAAAGAUUUUAAGCUCAUACAUACAAGAUGAUUUCUUCUGGCGUAAAAGCUAUCAACACCGUUGGAAGAGUGCUGUUGUGAAGGAGAAAUGUAAAAAAACAAAACCUUGGAUUAACAUUUACAUGGAACGACAUCUGCAAGAGUUUAUUGAAAAUUUAACAACAACUGACUACGACCAGGAGAGAGUGCAGGUGACAUUGGACAUUUGUGCAAUGUAUAUAAAUCAAUUGGAGAUAAACUACCUUCAGCCCAGCAUGGAUGGGCAAAAUGAUCACAUUCCACUUGAUUUCAUUUUGAGAAAUCUACCGGAAUUGCAUACAUUACGUUUGACAUAUUGUACCAAGACUAUAGGCACACACUACUAUCUGGGCUGUAAUAUGUUAUCGCGCCGUGAUGCUUCACUGCUUGCUCGAGGACUACAGCAGUGUCAUGAAUUGGUAAAUUUUUGUUUACACAAUACUAAAUUGGAACCCUAUCAGUUGGGAUUAUUUGCUUAUAGUUUAGAUAAGGGUUGUCAUUACCUGUCCGCCUUGUCCUUGGAACACUGCAGUUUGGGUGAUGAAGGUAUACGUGAGUUUUUAAGCUCUUGUAACAAGGAAUCGUUUGGAACAUUGAAAUAUUUAGAUUUAACCAAUAAUAAAAUAACCUCCGAGGGUGCCUAUUAUCUAAGCAAAGUCCUCAAAAGUUUGUCACUAGAAAAAUUGAUUCUACGUUUAAAUCCCAUUGGCAGCGAAGGUGCUGCCUCAAUAUUUGCAGCUUUGGAUGGUUUGCCUUUGACAGAUUUGGAUAUGGCCGGUUGUUCUCUAGACGACACAAUUACAAAACUUUUUAUGCAAUUAAUUAUACAAAAUAAGACUCUAUGGUCCAUAGACAUAUCAAAUAAUUGCUUGGGUCAGGACUUUGGUAAACAUUUAUUCAAAGUUAUUGGCUUUAACAAAACUUUAAAAAGGAUGAAUUUGAGAAAUACUGGCGUAUCAUUGGAUAUGUGUAAACAAUUUCAGGAGAUUUUAAAAGAAAGUCAUUUAAAGAAGAAAUAG